CGGAUAACCCUAGCCUAAGUUGAAUUUUGUAACCACAUUUUUCGGUUAGACGUUUGUAUAUCGACAGGUUUACUUACUUUUGAUGGUUUCACACAAAUUAAUUUGAGCCAUUUUGUACAGUUAUUCGUUUGAAGCUUAAGCAAGUAAUCCAAAGUACAAUCAUUUAUGUCAAACAGGACACUACCACAACACACCCAGAACUGGCCAAAGGCGAUUCUGGGCACGAGCUAAACGAGAAGGGGCUACGGCUACAAGGAGUCAUUUCUACAGGGACAGCACAAAGUAUCUUUUGCUAACAGUUUGUAAGCUUCAUUUAACGCCAAUUUUGAGAAAAUAUUAAGAUUUAAAAACUGAGUUUUGUUAAUAAAUUAAACAAUUGUUUCCUGUUAAAAAUAAGAAACCCAAAACAUUAGAUUAAAGAAGACGGAAGACUUGCUAAACCGAAUGUAAUCCCCACACACGCCUCUUUAGCUUGAUUUGUAACUAGCUGUAAAGCUGAUCCUUUUCCCCUCCUCCUAUCCCUACCCGUAAUCUCACCCAAAACCAAAGAUGUAUGCAGCUGCUGGUGGCGCCUCGCUGGCCUCGCGCCAAGCCCGCCAGCGCCAGCGGCAGCAGAAGAAGAACCAACAACUACAGGCGAAACUACAUCCACCGAAGGCGGCCGGGGCGGCGGGCUCCAGCGGGUCCGGCGAUCUUGGCGCCUCCACGCCCACCCGCGGCCAGUCCCGGCAGUUCCAUCAGCUGCCGACCAACUACCUGCGGGCGCCGCAGGCCCAGGGCCGCAAGCUGAGCGCCACCUACACGACGCAAUCGAAGCUCCUACUGCCAAUCGACGAGGGCGACACCCAGUCGGUGCUGCAGCUGCGCAUGCACUCCCACUCGCACGCUCAUGCCCACGCCCACUCGCACUCCCAUGGGCCAGCCCACGCCGCGCACGCCCACGGAUACCAUAGUCAUGCGGUAGCGCAAACGCCCUACCAGCAGUUCGCCUCGUCACAUGGACGCGUCUCACCGAAGCUGCUGCACCGGCACUCCGGCAGCAGUAGCGCCGGAUUCCAUCCGGCAUCCUCAGCCGCCGUUGGACAGCUGCACAAAUCCGCCACGGCCACAUUGCCGUUGGUCUCCCAAAUGGAGGACACGGAUGCGGAUGCAGAAGCAUCGACGUCGCCAUCGGCUGUGGCCGGCGUUAAAACGACAGUGACCUCGUUGGAGUCAGCCACGCCUACGUCUCCCCCGCUGGCCAGCACUUCUGCUGCCGCUGCCGCCGCUCUAGCAGCCGAAGCCGCGGCGGAGGGAGAGUUUGCUGGCGCCGCCGCCAUGUUUGUGCCCCACCAUGAUGCCAUCAUUGUAACGCCGGCCACGCCCAUGGCCUCGCCGGGCCACGUGGCCAAGCUGCGGCGACCGGGACCAGAGGAGCUGCUGGAGACGUCCACCGCCGAACGCCAACCCCUGACCGCUGGCCAUUUGGACGACGAUGAGGAGGAGGAACCCCUUCAUCCGGCGCCUGGGCAACUGGAGCGUAAGUGCAGCGUGUAUCGGAUGCGCAGGAGCGACGCCUUCGAGCAGGAUGCUGGGGGCGGGCUGAAAAGGCAGCUCCGGGAGCUUCAGUUCAGCACAGGAGUCCAGCAGACACAGUACGAACCGCUCCUGGCCGACGAGCCGCAGCUUCUCUUCAAGGGACUGGGCGGGCGGAAGAUGCAGAUCUGCGGCUACUGCGAGGAGGGGAUCUGUGUGUGCGAGCACCUCGAGUGCGCCCAGGGACGAGCCGCUAGAUUGGAGCGCGGCCGACGCUGCAGCGUCCAGGAUCAGCAGCAGCAGCAGGCCACCUGCCACCGACGCUGGGUGAAGCGCAACCGAAUACAAGACGCCUCCUUGGGCGGCUCUUCGGACGAUGAGGACUUUCUGGGAGUGCUGCGUGGUCCCAGCACCUUUGCGAACGCCUUUCUCUACGUAGGCCUGGGCACAGUGGCACUGGGCCUGGUCAUCGCUUUCGUUGGCACCGGCGAGAAGGGCUUCAAAACUGUGGAACUAAGACUUAUAGGCCCAUCUCUCAUAGGAUUGGGUCUGAUCUGUUGCAUUUUACGCAUUCUUUUCUGCAUCUGUCCAUCGCACUGCAUCUCAUCCAGCAAGAAGACGCACAAGAAAAAUGGCAACAAAAUUGAUGCGGACCACACUACGUCCCUGCUCCGGAAGGAGAGCAAGAGAGUGUUCAUAGCCAGAGAGCCCAGUAUCCAGCCCAAAUACCCCAUAGCGCACAAACGGAGCCAAAGCAAGAUGCUCAACGAGGGCAUGGAGGCACUGCGUCAAAUAGCCACCACAUCGCUGUUCAUGCAGAAUGAGCAGAAGACCGCCACAAAUCGUGUGGUGCCGAUCAUCAAUGAGCCGGAGAGCGGUGAUGCUCCGCUGGAGAUGAAGAAGCUGCAGACGGCACUGAAUGCCUGCGAAAUGAGCGACGAGGAGCAGGAUAACGAUCAGGAACAGGAUCAUGAGCAGCAACAGCAGAUUGCCAAACAUACAACCACAACAACAGCAACAAAAGCCACAACUGCCGUUACGAGUAGUACCACCAAAGACCCAACAGCCAUCUCGAGAGUUACGAGGGCAACCACAUUGAGCACCGUGGACGAGAAGCCCGACAGCAAACUGGUGCGGCAACGUGUUGCCCUGCAACAGCAACGCCAGCAACAGCAGCAGCAACAGCAACAGCAACAGAUGCAACUGGAAUCGCAGGUCUCACAAUCACAAUCGCUGUCCUCCUCCUCGACGGUGAAGGAUUCCCUGGAUGGCGGCGUUGUGGAGGUGGAGGAGACCUCCCUAGUGGAUGCCACUGCCUCGGUACCAGCGACCACAUUGCCGAGUAGCUGCAGCACUGGCGCAAUACCAAGGAUCUCGCGGCCGGGCAUUUCGACGGGGGCCACGCCCAAGACGACAACGACGACGCCCACCAUCAGCACGCGACUGCCCACAUCCCAGUCGCAUCCCACGAGCUACGACCUGCCGCCGGCCCUGCCACAUACAUAUUCCGCUACGGCAACGGUUCGCGGACCGUUGGGCAUGUCGAUGAGUAGCUCCGCCUAUGCCAUGCCAGCCAGUGCCAGAAUAGGAACACCAUCAGGAUUGGGAUCCGGAUCGGGAUCGGCAGGAGCGGGAGCGGGAACGGGAACGGCAGCAGGAACGCAGCCUCCCACCACCACAACGAUCAGUUUGCUGCCGCUGCCGGCGCCGCCGACAAUGGCCACCGCCCCUGUGGCCAGCAUUCCCGGCCAGGUCCUGGAGUCCACCGGGGCCACGAGUCUGAGUCUGAGCUUAAUGCAACCCAUGUCGGCAAUGCGACCGGCAACGGCGUCGGGCCUAACCACCUCGUCGUUCACCACCAGCUCCGCCCUGGAGCCCCACAGAUCACACCCGUCAUCCGCCGGAUCGGUAAUGGGGCGUGGUAGCCUACUCCUGGCCCCGCCCAAAUCAGCGGCGGGGGCGGCGACGGGAACGGUGGCGUCGUCGAGUAAAUUCGAGCCAGAACUGGUGCUCAGUCCGGCUAAACUUGGCCAGUAGGAUUAAAAAAGUAUGGGAUUUAGUUACGAUUUUAGUUAGCCAGCAGGUCUAUGUAUAUGUCUAGGUUCUAGGCUCGAGUGCGCGUGAGUGUGUGUGUGUGCGUGUGUGCCAGUGUGUAUCCAGGUGAAUGGUGGAAGAUGUGAGUGUGAAAUCAUGAGCGAGAUUGAGAAUUAAAACCGAGAACAAAUAGAAAUCAGAAUUUAGUUACAUAUGUAUAUGUACCCUAAAACUAUCUUUUGAAUGUGCCACAUAACUAACUAUGACAAAAACACUAAGUAAUAUCCCUCAAAUGUCAUGUUUUGAGCUAGAAACUUUCAAAAUUCUUUCAAAAUUGUAUCAUUUUUUUCAAUUCUAAGUCAUAAUUGGCAACAUAUAAUUAAAACUAUUCGUUCAUAACAUGACUUUUGAUGCCAUAUGUAACUUUUUCCACCACAAACUGCUUUCAGUGUCUAAUCCUAAUAAAUUUCACUUCCCAAGGCUUUCUUACUCUAUAAUUCGCCGAGUCACUUCCUUUUCUGUUUCUAUAUUUCUGUUUUAUGUGUGACUAUCCAACCAAUAGAUAGCUAGCAACUCUAUAUUUCCCGUGUCUGAUCUGUUCCUGAAAAAUGUUUGCCAACCUGCGCUGUUCUAAGCUAUCGAGAAAACCAACCACAUAGCCAGGGUAUUAUGAAGUUUGUAUACCAAACAUAUCGUUAACUAAAUACAAUAAACACUACAAAAAAUAAAUAUAAAAAAAAACCAAGAAAAUAAGCUUGGUAUGGAUAGGAAGGCAAACGCUAAUAAUGAAAAGAAUAAAAAAACAUAAAUAAGAAAAAGCCCAUUAGAUAUUGUAUCUCGAAAUACCAACCAAAAUUCGGAGAGUCCAAAAAGUAUUAGGCAGAUCUGUCAGCGCUCUGAAAUCAAUCGUCGAAAGAGCUCUACCAAACAAAAGAAAACUAGGAAAUAAUUAAAUGCAGUUACAGUCAACGCAAUAAACAAGUAAAGUUCUGCCAUUGUUUGAAUUCGUUUUUAAAUUCACUCGUUUCCGAUUCACCGUAAUUUUUGAACAAUUUUAAGGCACUUUUCGAAGCUAUUGCUAAAUUCGAUAUGAUAUGAAGUAUUUGCUUGCUCUUUCAAACGGUAAGCCCAAGAAGGCCCUUUGUGGCCCAAAAGAAUAGAAAGAAAGUAACAUAAACUAAAAUAAACCGACUCCAAUAGAAUCAAAUGUGGCCGCAUAAUGUCAAAAACAAAUCGAAAACGAAAUAAAUGAAAUGUAACACUCUUAACAGAACAAAUUGUGUAAGAUGCGUGUACAGAAACCAAAGCUGCAGCCAGACAUAGAAAAUUAUAAACAAAAUUUAUGAACUAGUAUGUACGAGUAUGUAAACUAAAUGUGCAGAAAUUAAAAGAAAUAUAAAACGAUAA